UUCUUCAGACUUUCAGUGUUCAAUUUUUCUACACCCACGAGGUCGAUGUAUUUUACGCAGAGUAGGUAAAAUACGCUACGCGUAAAGAAAAUCUCGUCGAUUGUCGGCCACUCGACACGUUGCUGACAUUUUGGUCGACGUGUAACCAAAUCAUCUCCGGCUGAGUUUCUCCAGUCAGUGUUUUCCGCACUCCUUCAGCAGUUCCCGUGCAAAACAGCAAGAAAACAUGCCAUCGGCUCCGAGUGCGACAUCCGUUGGGGCUGGAAGCAGAUCGCCCACGAAGCCCUCCUCUGCGCCCAGGAGCGCGACCAGCGGUGGCUUGAAGCAGAGGAAGACCACCUCCUCGUCCUCGUCAGCCGGCCGGACAAGGGCGCCCGGCGGUGGAAGUGGCGGAAUGUGGCGAUUCUACACUGACGAUUCUCCCGGAAUCAAAGUAGGACCUGUGCCUGUUCUGGUGAUGUCUCUCCUGUUCAUUGCGUCCGUCUUCAUGCUGCACAUCUGGGGAAAGUACACGAGGGCGUAGAGAAGGAGCCGGAAUGAUGAGCUGGAAAGCGGCUCAAAGACUCAAUUUAUCUACAAAUUCCAAUUCAUCGUCAUCUCAUUGAUCACCCAGAAAUUUCUCCAGGUAAAUCACCAGCAUUUUCCGUGGUAGACUGGGACUUUUUCAACAUGUGUUAAAAAACCAAUCUCAAUAAAGAGAUCCUCAAGACAAGAAACAA